AGAAGCAGGGUGAUCACUGACUUGGAAACUACCUUUAAGCUUGCUAUACAAAUAAUAAUACUAAUUAAUAUAUAUUUUCAUGUUGAUAAGUCUAAGUUCUCUGAAAUAAGUUAUAUUGCUUAAAGUGUUUAUCAGUUUUAAGCGUAGGAUUUGUAUAUUUAUAUAAGUUAUGUGACCAAUCAAAGUUCUGUUUUAUUGUAAAUCGAAUAUAUAUCUUUAUAUGUUCCUGAGUUCAGUUUUUGCAUCUACGAAGCAUAUUUUAAGUUAACUGAGAACUAGUAAAAAUAUAUUGAAGACUGGAAACAAGCGUCGUGUAUUAUUAAUUGGUAAAUCGUUGGAUUGUGUUUGGAGCCAGAAUGGAUGAAGUACUCGCUGAUUUUAGCCCCAGCAGAAGGCCGGGCUGUAUCACUGGGAUGCCUUCGCUAUCUCUACCUGGGAUCGGAGCCAUGAGCUCGACCUGCCUUAAAACUCUCUAUUCUCCAGAGCUUGCUGGCGUGCUGUCCCCUGUUACCAAUCUGGCCCUCAACAUGAACAGCCUCGCUGUCCUCGGAAGCCAGUGCGACACCCCGAAGAGACGAGCUAAUGUACCUCUUAAGAUGCCAUCCUUUGCCUCGGACACUUCCGAUGCAGGUUUGUGUCUGGAUUCUCCAAGUCCCGUAGACCCCAUUGAUUACGAGGAGGCGUUUGAGAAAGCCAUCUUGGACUCUGGCAAAGUGAUCAAAGAUAGCAAGGUCCCAAUCAGAAGAAUAAACUCUCUCCCGAUGAGGUUGUUGGGCUCUAGCCCUGCUCUCAAAGGCAAAGAUUCAGACUCCUCAGAUUUUGGAGUCUUCGGUGUUCGACGUGAUCAAGUCUCUAGAGGCAACAAGGAGAAUAUGCAGGAGGGGUUUGAGUUCAAGAAGCCGACAUGGCCUGCGUCUUGCUGCCGGCUGCGCACCAUCCAUGGAGGAGAGGGCAAGGAGCCAUUUUCUCAACGGCCCAAUUCUGCCCCUGAUCUCAUGUUCUCGCCUCCCCCUGUGGAACAGAAGUGUUUCAUGGAUGACAACAGUCCCGUGGUCCUUCGGCGAUCCUCAUUAACCUGCUCCUUUAAUGACGAGGACGACGACGGAUUCCUAGAAAUUAUGGAUGACGAUGUAGAGAAUGAUGCGGAUGUGCCCACUGGAAUGGCCAGCCUGCUGACUGCUCCACUGGUUCGUAAGGACGAGGAGGAAGAAACUGGCUGUGCGCUGCUCACCCGUAACUGUCCUCGCGGUCUGUUCCGCUCGCCCUCGCUGCCUUGCUCUGCCACCAGACUGGCCUUGAAGAGGCCAGAGAGACCCCGAGAUGAGAACACCCCUGUGAAGAUCAAGAGAAGGAAGAGCCUGGCAGGGUCUGUGGCCAGGGAGGAAGACAAGGAGGAAGAGGCACAAGUGAAGUCUCGGUUUCUUCAGAGGUCCAAGUCCUUCUGUGACAUUGAGUUGCUGCUAGACAAUGAUAUGAAGGAGCUGAUUGGAGACUUCACCAAGCCCUUUGUUCUACCUACAGUGGAUGGGAAGCACCAGGAUUUGAAGUACAUCACUUCUGAAAUGUUGGUAGUAGCUCUGAGUGGGGAAUUUGAUGAUCGGGUGGAACGCAUUGUGAUAGUAGAUUGCCGCUAUCCCUACGAGUUUGAAGGCGGGCACAUCAAGGGAGCUGUGAACCUGCACACAGAGGAGCAGGUGGAGGAUUACUUGCUGAAGUGUCCCCUUACUCCCUCCACCCUGGAGAAGCGCCUGGUGCUAGUCUUCCACUGCGAGUUCUCCUCUGAGCGUGGUCCCCGCAUGUGUCGUUUCGUGAGAGAGAAGGACAGGAUGAUGAACUUGUACCCAAACCUGCACUACCCUGAGCUCUACAUCCUCAAGGGUGGAUACAAAGAGUUCUUCCCCAAAUUCCAGAAUCAAUGCUGGCCGCAGAGCUACAGGCCAAUGCACCACGAGGACUUCAAGGAAGAUCUGCGCGGGUUCCGUCUCAAGAGCCGCACCUGGGCGGGCGAGAGGAGCAAGAGGGACCUGUACAGCCGGCUCAAGAAGCUCUGAGUUUCAGCACCUUCAUAUUGUUUUGGAGCGUGAAUGGGUUGGGCUGGUUUGACCAAUGCACUUCAGUUAAUGCUGCCCCCCAUCUACGGCAGACUGCCCUCUGGCUGAGGGUCAAUUUAAGAAUAUUGGGGGGGGGGGGGUGCUUCAGUUCGUUCAAGGAUCUUGAAAUCUGUCUCUGCUACUGUGUUGCCUUCCUCAGAAAGGGCACUGCAGUGAUUCCUGAUCCAGCAGUUUCACCACUGGUAAAUGAAGAGUUCUGCUGAAAAGUGUGACAGGGUAGUGUGUGUUUGGAUGGUAAGCAGGAUCACAGCUUUUACAAACUACCUUGAUGAACAUGCAAGGCACCCCUAAGAAAGGGACUGUUUUCCACACUGUGUGUGAUUGGCUUUAACACCUAUGCCAUGUAAACCUGAGGUGAGGAUACUUAAAGAAAACUGACUGAUGCUGUGUGUGAUGUCUCGUUCAGACAUGCUAGUUGAUCUGCUGUUAAGUAGCUUUUUGUUAUCUGCAGUAUCUGACAUUGCCUCAUUCGACUCAACUGAACCCUCCUACUGUUUCCUACAUUUGUGUGGGAUAAAUGGAAACCAAGAUACUAGAAACCUAUUUCUUUUGGGAUGACCCAGCUAGAGACCCCUUCUGCUACAUGUUUCUGUAUCCAGCAACGCUACAUCCCAGCUGUGCUGUAGUUCAGUCUCUCCCAGCUCUGAAGCAGUGCUGCAGUUGGUGCCUGUGACUUCAUCUUUCUUGCUUUCCAAUAGCCGUGCUCGACAUACAACUAGCAGUAUUUCAUUUUAUGAAUCCCCCAAUUUUAAACAACCAUUUUAACAUUGACUAUGGAUAAACUGCAGUCUCGCAAGAUGGAAACAAGCUCAAUCCUAAAUGUUCAAGAAGUGCGUCGUAGUCAGGGCUCCC